AUGAUAACUACAAUUGAGCAACAAACUAUAACAGCAGCAGCAACUUUGAGCGAUAAAACACCAUUUGUGUAUAUCGAUUCUUGUUUGAUUCAAUCGACUAAUGAAGAAGAUGACGAACAGUACGAAGGUUGUUCUUGCUCCAUCGAAGAUGCAUGUUUGAAUUGUUCAUGUGCAACUCGCUUUGGUCUCAAUUACGAUUCCACACAUUGUUUAAAUCCCAACAAAUCAAGUCCGAUAUUCGAAUGUAAUUCCGAAUGCAAAUGUUCAUUGGAAGCAUGUCACAACCGUGUUAGUCAACAAGAAGAUCAAUCAAACAACGUGACGAUCAUUUCAGCAUCAAAUAAAGGCUACGGUGUUAUAGUUAAUAAACAUAUUCCUCGUUCAGGAACAUAUAUUGGCGAAUACGUCGGCGAAGUUCUUUCAGAACAUGAAGCACAUCGUCGAAUUGAGUUAACAAAAACGUUCGAACAUAAUUAUUUACUACUUUACAAUGAACAUCAUUUACAAACAAUUACAAAAACAUUUAUUGACGCACGCCAUUACGGAAAUUGGACACGUUUUGUCAACCAUAGUUGUGACCCGAACUUACAUAUCAUCCCGAUUCGAGUGGAUCGACCAACACCUCCACGUUUAGCAUUUUUUACUCGACGGGAAAUUCAACCGAAUGAAGAAUUAUCCUACAGUUAUGUUACGCACUAUCCGAUAAUACACAACAGUCACAUAAUGACGCAAGGCAAUUUAAACGAAAAUAACUCAUCUGACGAGUCGUUAAGUACCGAACAAUCAGUACGUCAACUAUGGCUCAAUGCUGAUUGUGUCUGUUUUGAUGUUGAUUCAACUGUUUGCACUGACGAAGCUAUUGACGAGUUGGCAAAGUUUCAGAAAGUCGGUGCGUUAGUCGAAGCUAUCACACGUAAUGCUAUGGGUGGUAACAUGAGUUUUCGCACUGCAUUGGAGGCUCGUCUUAAUCUUAUUCGACCAACAACCGCAAAUUUAGAAGAUUUUAUUAUUCAUCAUCCGUCUGAGUUAACCGAUGGAAUUAGUAAAUUGAUCAGCAUCUUACACGAACGUCAAGUUCCCGUCUAUCUAAUCACAGGUGGUUUUCAUUCGAUUGUUGAUCCUGUUGCUACACAACUGGAUAUUCCGGUUACAAAUGUAUUUGCCAAUAAGCUACUGUUCAAUGCUGAUGGUACCUAUGCCGGCUUUGAUGAAAACGAAAUGACCUCUGAUUCAGGUGGUAAAAGACUAGUCGUAGAAUAUCUUAAGAAGAAGUAUAAUUACAAACGCUUGAUUAUGAUUGGUGAUGGUGCUACGGAUAUGGAAGCAAAUGCUGAUGGUUUCAUUGGUUUUGGUGGAAAUAUCAUGCGAGAAAAAGUACGCGAGGGUGCACCAUGGUUCGUUAAUUCAUUCUAUGAAUUGAUUGAUGAAUUUCGACAUGAUACAAUUGCAUCUCAUGCUCCAGCGAAUGUUCAUCAUCAACGUAUAUCAACAAAGAGAUUCUCGACUGAAAUAGAAGCUAACUGA